GAGAUGCAACAGAUCAAAAAUAGCGCACGAACGUUCCAAGUUUGCGAAACGUGUGUGACGAAGAAAGAACCAGGAGCUUGCCGCCGCUCCAUGCAUGUUCUCACGACGGGCAUCCAUCGAGCCGAGCUGCGGCAGCAUGGAUAUGUCAAGAGAAGAGCCAUCUUCGCCGAGAAGGAAUCGACGUGCAUCAGCAGGAGAAGUGUUUGCACCACUCUUGUUUCUCCUUGGGGUCCCUGCACCGACGUCGUUGUCUUCGUCGGCUCCCCCGCUCACACAAUCCAACAGAAAGUCCACAUCGCCCGUGAGUCGCUUCAACGACGGUGGCUCACCAGACGUUGCAACACCGCUCGCAUGGAGAAGGAAGAGGAGGCCUACAGACGAUGCAGCGUUCCCGUCCAUGGAAACCAUCCUCCCAAAUCAACCCGACGUACUGUUCCACCCUUCUACGUCCGCUCGAAGCCUCAGGGCUGCAUCCUCGCGCACCACGCUGGGCUCGCAAUCCGACACCGAAUCAACUCUCGACUUUCACGCCGCGUCUCUGCCUUGCGAGACAGUUGUCCGCGUCUGCUUCAUGUGCGACUGUACCGAGCCUCGAUCUUCUCACACGCCCCCAAGCGAACUCAUCCCAAGUCCAUGCAAGUGCAGCCUCUCGUGGGUUCACGUGAAUUGCCUCAAUGGAUACCGUGAGACCAGCGGACGCAAUAGUUGCCCUGUUUGCUGCACCACUUGGUAUCAAGGGUAUGCCACAGUCAGCUUUCGCCGAAGCUUCAGCAUGAGCUUCUUUGCGCCAGGAUCCAAAUAGAGAUAGGAGACCGGACGCCCUCAGAGCGACCGAGAUGGCAUUGUGAGUUGACCAAAGAUAAAUGUGAUUUUUACACAUCAAAAUCUUCCAUAGCUGG